AGACUGACCGGAUUUUAGCGGCGCACACCGGAGGAAACGGCCGAUCCAACUAUCACCACCACACCUCUGACUCAACUAACUUUUUUUUUUCCACUCUUCACCUCAACACUAAGACCCGGAUCCGCUCACAGCUGAUCACAUCCGCAGGAAUAUCUUACUUGUGUUGAAGAGAGAAGACGCUGAGCUCAGCUGAGAGGAAAGCGCUGAUUGCUAAUUUCCUUUUUUUUUCCUUCUUUUUUUUUUGGGAAGGGGGGGAAUGAACGGUAACAUCGCCAUGUCUUGCGGUGAUGCGUCGGAUCAGAGUCGGCGGUUCUCUGUGUUGUCUUGGGAUCAGGUGCAGCGCUUGGACUCGAUCCUGGGGGAGGCUGUCCCCAUCCACGGCCGGGGAAACUUCCCCACUCUGUCUGUGCAACCCCGCCAGAUUGUGCAGGUGGUGCGUGCGAGGCUGGAGGAGAGAGGUGUGUGUGUUAAGGACGUGAGGCUGAACGGCUCGGCUGCCAGCCAUGUGCUCCACCAGGACACUGGACUGGGCUAUAAGGACCUGGACCUGAUCUUUGGUGUGUCACUGAAAGAUGAUCAGGCCUUCCGCCUGGUGAAGGACGUCGUGCUGGACUGCCUGUUUGACUUCUUGCCAGCCGGGGUCUCUAAGGAGCGCAUCUCGGCACUGACCCUCAAAGAGGCCUAUGUACAGAAACUAGUGAAAGUCUGUAAUGACACGGACCGCUGGAGCCUCAUCUCGCUGUCCAACAACACGGGCAAGAAUGUGGAGCUAAAAUUUGUGGACUCUUUACGGAGGCAGUUUGAAUUCAGUGUGGACUCCUUCCAGAUUUGUCUCGAUUCUCUUCUCUUAUUUGACCGCUGCUCAGAGACGCCCAUGUCUGAGAGCUUUCACCCCACUGUGAUCGGGGAGAGCGUCUACGGGGACUUCAAGGAGGCCAUUGACCACCUGUGUCAGAGGACCAUAGCUACACGCAGCCCAGAAGAAAUCAGAGGAGGCGGCUUAUUGAAGUACUGCCACCUCCGGGUUCGAGGGUUCAGGCCCUCUUCGGAGGCGGACAUGAAGCAGAUGCAGCGCUACAUGUGCUCACGCUUCUUCAUUGACUUCUCUGACAUAGGAGAGCAGCAGAGGAAAUUGGAGGCCUACCUGCAAAACCACUUUGCUGGGAUGGAGCACAAACGGUACGAGUGCCUGAUGACUCUGCACCAAGUGGUGAAUGAGAGCACCGUGUGUCUGAUGGGCCACGAGCGGCGCCAGACGCUCAGCCUCAUCUCCAUGCUGGCGCUGAAAGUGCUGGCUGAGCAGAACGCCAUCCCCACUGUAACAAAUGUCACGUGUUACUACCAGCCAGCUCCGUACGUGCAGGACAUCAACUUCAGUAAUUACUACAUUGCACACGUGCAGCCGCCGCAGGUUUCACCGUGCAGUAAUUCAUAUCAGACGUGGCUGCCCUGUAGCUGAAGCGGCUGUUAAGAGGGGCAGAGGUGGAUGCGUCUCCAUCGCUCUGUGUCUUUCAAAGGAAGUGGACUGAAAAUACAAAAAAAAAAGGAAAAAAGAAACUUAUGUUUGCCAAAUGUGACUUGACUUAAACAAUCCUGUACUGCUGUACAUCUGAUUGAGCCGACAUGUUAAUUUUUCUCAUGUGUUUUGUCUUGCAAAACAUCUGUAAGAUUGCUGGUCAUUUCUGAGAUGUAGCGAUAAUAUCUUGUUUAAGUAUUGAAGAAAAAAAAAAAGUCUAUAUGAAGCUUUAUAUAUGUCAAAAAUACAUUUUUGAAGAGACAAACUUUGAAGCUGGUGUUAUUUUCAUAAUUUUCGUAAUUUUUUUAAAAAUUACAUACCGGACCAAAGAUGUAUUUGUUGUUCAGAAAGGGAAUGUUGUUAUGAUUCCAAGUGCCUAAAAUGAACCAUGACAUGUUGAAAUGUUCUAAAAACAUCUGUAAAGUGAAAACCAUGCAUUCAGUGUUUUCUAGAUUACUCCGUCUCUCUUUUCAGGAACAGAAGCAUUCAUUUUUGUGAAAUUAAAAAAGGAAAAAAAAUACUGUUUUUUUUUUUGUAUUGUGGUUAUUUUAUUUUAACCAUGGCCUAUAAUGAUUGUUGACAUUUUAAUCUUCGGUUAUAAGAGCUGCACUUAGUUUAAACUGCUCAUUAUCUGAACGGCUCCAUUCACACAGUCAAGUUGUAUAUUCUCACAUGGCCAUUGUAAACAGCAGGUUUUCAUUGAACCCGGGACUAGCUUUGACUUUUGUCCUAUCUUGCUCUGGAUGCAUGGGAUGGGUGGGAGGCUGUUUGUCCUUUACCCGAUAAGCUGAUGACAACAAGGGGGCUCAUUUCCAGUAACCAGGCCCAAUUAAAUGCAUAUACUCUCGUCUGGAGUGAGUUGCAUUUGUUAAACUGAGGCUGGGGAUCCAUUUCAAUCUGAGGACAUGAACCAUAAGGAGGCUUUUCUAAAGCACAAUGGCUUCUCUCUCCUCAGUGAUACUAAAGCUUUUUAACAAAGGCUGUCCUGUUCUCCCACCCAUGUUACCAUUGGAAACCCUGCACUGUUUGCUUGACUGAUACCAUAUCCAUGUCAUUUAAGCAAAAUCAAAAAUCUUUACGGGCAUAGCUAGAAUGGUUAAGUCUGUCAAAAGACGGAGAUGGUGGAAAUGGCACAGCUCGUAUAGGUUAUGAACAGACCUUGGAUCUUCACAAGCCUUGGUAGCUGCAGUUAUUUAUAAUAUUUACAUCCACUGUGCAAACUGAGAACAAAAGGUUUAUUUUGCCACAUGUGCCUCAUACCCAUUCAUUCCUUCUCCACAUUAAACUCAAACUAAAUUUUGAAGUCAGCUGUUGAAAGACUGCAUUAGAAAUGUGGCAUUAUUAAAGAUUAUAUAUACACACUG